AUGAGGCUUCCUAACAGGAGGCGGUGCGGAAUGGAUGGAGAGGAUGGAGAGAAGGAGCUGGCUCUCCCUCUCAAAAACCCUUUUGUGUACAAGUUGAGAUUUACUCCUUUCCAAAAACUCCAGCUUGGUGUGAUGACUGUGACGCUGUUUCCAGUGCGGCUGUUCUUCGCUGCCUUCAUGAUGCUGUUAGCAUGGCCGUUUGCCUUCAUCGCCACCAUAGGUCGCAGUGAGACCAGCGUGGAGCACCAGUGCUUCUGGAGGAGGGCAGUGGACGUUGUCCUGCGUCUCAUCAUGCGGGCCAUGUGGUUCGCGGGCGGUUUCCAUUGGAUUCGGGUAAAAGGUCAGAUGGCACUGCCAGCUCAGGCACCCAUUCUCACGCUUGCCCCGCACUCCUCAUACUUCGAUGCCAUUCCUGUUACCAUGACAAUGGCCUCUAUAGUCAUGAAGGCUGAGAGCAAGGACAUCCCACUUUGGGGAACUCUGAUUAAGUACAUCAGACCGGUGUUUGUGUCGAGGUCAGAUCAGGACUCGCGCAGGAAAACUGUGGAGGAGAUUAAACGGAGAGCUCAGUCUGGAGGGGCGUGGCCUCAGAUAAUGAUCUUUCCUGAAGGAACGUGCACCAACAGGUCCUGUCUCAUCACAUUUAAACCAGGUGCAUUUAUUCCAGCUGUGCCUGUCCAACCAGUUGUUAUUCGCUACCCAAAUCAACUGGACACCAUCACAUGGACAUGGCAGGGGCCUGGAGCGUUUAAGAUCCUGUGGCUGACUCUGUGCCAGUUUCACAACGAUUUUGAGAUUGAGUUCUUGCCAAUCUACACUCCCAGUGAAGAGGAGACGAGGAACCCGCAACUGUUUGCUCAGAAUGUCAGACGCAUCAUGGCAAAAGCACUGCAGGUCCCCGUAACAGAUUAUUCGUUUGAGGACUGCCAGUUGGCGAUGGCAGAAGGCCAGCUCAGGCUGCCAGUGGACACUAGUCUACUCGAGUUUGCCAAACUGGUCAGAAGACUGGGGUUAAAGCAGAAGAACAGUGAGAAGAUGCUGGACGAUUACAGUCAGAGAGCGAGGAAACUAAAGGGAGAGAAACAGAAUGUGGAGCAGUUUGCUAAUUUCUUGAAUCUGCCGAAUUCAGACGUGCUCCGGGACAUGUUCGCGCUGUUCGACGAGCGUGACGGAGGAAUGAUAGAUGUGCGCGAGUUCGUAAUCGCCUUCUCUGUAGUAUGCAGACCGGCCAAAACACUGGAAACCAUCAACCUCGCCUUUACGAUGUUCCAGGCGGAGGAGGAUGGAGGGAUAACUGAAAGAGAGUUGGAGAUUAUUCUCCACACUGCUCUGGGAGUAACGGAGCUCAAGGUGUCGCGCCUUUUCCGCGCCAUUGACGUGGCAAACCGCGGCAAAGUGACAUUCGAAAUGUUCAGGAGUUUUGCCGAGCAGCAGCCGGAUUUCGCCGAGGAGUUCCUGUACGCCGAGAACACCGGCUUCUUCAGCAACUUCCUGUCGUCCCGUGUCUCAAACGGCUUCUGCGCAGACUUCUCUCCCAGCGAGCAACAGAAGAAACUCAACUAAGCUUCUGUUGCUCUCCAAAUCAGGAGGACGGGACGAGCCAGUGUGUGAAAACACAACGUUUACUCCUCAUAUUGAUUCAUUUUUAGUUUUUGUUUUUGCUCAGUGGGAGUUUUAUUUAUCAAAGUCUCAUCUGAGCGCAGGAAGAAAU